AUGUCGCCCUCCCCCAUGCGACUGCUGCUGCUGCUGCUGCUGUGGCUCUCAGUGUUGAUGCCCGGCCUGCUGGCCGCGGGAACGCCCAGCCGCAACGCCACCGACAUGGAGCUGCCCAAACAGCGAAUCGAGGCAGUCCGCGCCCCAAUCCUGCCCAAGGUGGUGGGGCUGUCCCGCACCCUGAAUAAGAGGGAGGUGCCGCCCGGUCCAGUGCCAGAGGACACGCUCGUCCAGUACAACAGAAGACAAAACCAGGUGGGCAGGAAGAGCGCCAAGGAGAAGCCCCAGCCCCAGCCUGUUUUGGACUUCCCUGCUAAGUUCUUCCACAUGCUAAUGGUGGACAGCAACCACGAAAUCUACAAAAAAUACAAAGAAAGCCGGCACAGUGUCUAUAUGCUCUUCAACACGUCAGAGCUCCGGCAAGUAGUGCCCCAGCCGAGGUUGUUGUACCGGGCGGAGCUGCGCCUGCAAGUGCUCAAGAUACAGAAGGAGCAGAAGGUGGAGCUGUACCAGAAAUACAACAAUUCCUGGCGCUACCUCAAGAGCCGGAAGCUGAACCCCAUAGACACAAAUGAAUGGUUGUCCUUUGACGUCACCAGGAUUGUGCGGAAGUGGCUGAGACAUGGAGAGGAAAUAGAGGGCUUCCGCCUCAGCGCCCACUGCUCUUGUGACAACAAAAAUAAUGUCCUCCACAUGAACAUCAACGGGGUCACUUCCAGCCACCAAGGUGGGCAAAUCGCAACUGAGAACAUGCAACGGCCCUACUUGCACCUCAUCGCCACUUUGCCGGAGGAGGCCCAGUAGCUGCACAGCGCCCAGCACGGCUGAGCCCUGGACACCAACUACUGCUUCAGGUGA